AUGACGCCAUCAUCCGGAAACGCAAGCAGAACAAAUGGUGCUAGUCUUCCUGCUUUGCAGCAAGCUUUGCUUGAUGAAUUACCAAAUGUUAAAGUAAUAAGACAAGAGGCUCUAAAUGUCAGGCCUUUGUUGAAUGCAGAACAACUUGCUAGCAGAUUCCAUUCUGAAUGUUUUGAAAACAAGAAUUUUACAAAUGUGUUUUUCCUAGUUAGGCCAGGAGGUACAGGUAAAACUUUUACAUACAAUUAUAUUAUUAUGGAAGUUAUUGCAAGACAUUUGUGCGUUGCUACUUGUGCAUGGACAGGUAUUGCUGCCACAUUAUUGCAGAAUGACGGCUCUGCAUGUAAUGUUAAACCUAAUAGUUACCAUACAGCAUUUUUAAGAAGGCAACAUAUCAUUAUAUUUGAUGAAGCCAGUAUGAUACCUAAAUCUCUUGAAGCGAUUAACAACAUGUUUAGGGAUAAAUGUAAUAGUAACAUUCCUUCUGCUGGUAAAGUUAUUGUUUUAGGAGGGUAUUUUCGUCAAGUACUUCCAGUUGCAAAGAGAGCUGGACGAGCACAAAUAGUAGAAGUCUGUUUAAAGAGUUCCACUCUAUGGCCCUUGAGUCGCAUUUCCCACUUUCAUACUAACAUGAGAGUUGAAGAAGGAGAACAAAUACUUGCAGAAGUCUCUUGCCACAAAAAACAGACGACCAAGAGGAAAUUGAUUUAUAUCCGUCGUAGUCCAUCGAGACUGGAAGAGCUAAAUCGACUUUAUUUGGCUGCUCCACAAGGUCAUACUGCAGUCUUUGAUGGUCUGUGCAGACAGUUAGCGGUGUUCUAA